AUGGUGAAGAGAAAGCUGGCUGAACACGACAGCAUGAAGCUCAUCAUUGAGCAGAACGAACACAAGUUCAGCAUUAAGGAGUCGAGCACGUUCAGGACCAAAGAUAUCGAGUUCACGCUCGGAGUGCAGUUCGAGUACUCCAUGGCUGACGGCACUGUGCUUACUGGCACAUGGGUCAUGGAAGGAGAGACUCUGAAAGGUACAUUCACCAGGAAGGACAACGGCAAAAUCCUGACCACCACACGGACAGUGGUCGGUGAGGAACUUGUACAGUGCUACAACUACGAAGGUGUCAACGCUAAGAGGAUUUUUAAGAAGGCAUAA